AUACUUGUCGACGGCCACCAAAAACCUUUCUUCAUCGUUUCUGUUCUGAGCUCACUUCAAGCCAUGGCCGCCGACGAAUUGAUGCCGUCUCACAGGUCACACAGGACUCGCAAAGCAGGUCCUACCAUGAGGAAAAAAUCUGAAAUCGAUAAGAAGAAGCGUGGUAUCUCCGAUACCAAACAGAAUAACCCUAAGGCGUUUAGUUUUAAAUCAGCUCGCAGGGCGCAGCUAGCUGAAUCUCACGCUACGGAGAAGGAACAAAAGCGACUUCAUCUUCCCAAAAUUGAUCGUACUUAUGGCGAUCCUCCUCCUGUCGUCGUCGUUGUUCAAGGCCCCCCAGGAGUUGGGAAGUCUCUCGUGAUCAAGUCUCUUGUAAAGUUAUUCAGUAACCAGAGUGUACCUGAGGUUCGAGGACCUAUUACCGUUGUACAAGGUAAACGUCAGCGGUUUCAAUUUGUGGAGUGUCCAAAUGAUAUCAAUGGGAUGGUGGAUUGUGCAAAGAUUGCUGAUCUAGCCAUGCUUGUGGUAGACGGGAGUUAUGGUUUUGAGAUGGAAACUUUUGAAUUCCUCAAUAUUAUGCAAGUGCAUGGAUUUCCUAGAGUUAUGGGUGUCCUCACACACCUUGAUAAGUUCAACGAUGUUAGUAAGCUGAGGAAAACAAAGACCCGUCUCAAGCAGCGGUUUUGGAAGGAAAUAUUUGAUGGAGCUAAAUUGUUCUAUUUAUCUGGUCUCAUUCAUGGGAAGUAUUCGCCGCGUGAAGUUCACAACCUUGGCCGCUUUGUAGCUCUUUGCAAGCCUCAGCCAUUGUUAUGGCGAUCAUCACACCCUUAUCUGUUGGCUGAUCGCCUAGAAGAUGUAACCCCUCCCGAGAAAGCUCAGAUGGAUAAAAAAUGUGAUAGAAAUAUCACACUGUAUGGUUACCUACGUGGUUGUAACUUGAAAAAAGGGAUGAAGGUUCAUAUUGCUGGAGUUGGCGACUACAGUUUAUCUGGGGUGACUGCUUUAAGUGAUCCGUGUCCUUUACCUUCAGCUAGCAAAAAAAAAAAGAAGAGGCUUGGGGAUAAGGAUAGGCUUUUUUAUGCUCCCAUGUCCGGGAUUGGAGAACUUUUGUAUGACAAAGAUGCUGUUUACAUCAACAUAAAUAAGUACCAUGUUCAGUACUCUAAUACUGAUGAUAAAAUGGAAGAACCUACUAAUAAAGGAAAGGGCAGAGAUGUUGGUGAAGAUUUGGUAAAGUCGUUGCAGGACACAAAGUAUUCUAUUGAUGAGAAAUUGGAUAAGACAUUCAUUAACUUUUUUGGCAAAAAGACUAGUGCCAAUUCAGAAACAAAAUUUAAGGCUGAAGAUGCGUAUCAAUCUUUGCCGGAAGGUUCCGACAGCGAGGAGUCUCAAUCUAAUGAUGAUGAUGAGGAUGAUGAAGUGCAUGUAGAGGGUAAGGGCAGUGAAAUAAAUCAGAUAACUGAGAUUGAUGGUGGAAGGUUGAGGAGGAAAGCUAUCUUCAAGGAUGACAUCGGUGGAAGUGAUGCAAUGGACUCAAAUGAAGAUGAUUUUGAGGAGGCGGAUGAUGCUGAACUGGACUUGGAUGAAUAUGAUUUUGAGGAAGCAGAUGAUGUUGAAUUGGAAAAUGAAGUUGAAGAUAGUGGAGAUGACUCUGCUUCUGAUUCGUCAGGGGAUUACCAGAUAGAUGAUACAGACCAUGGUAACAUAUCACAAUGGAAAGCAAUCUUGAAGGAGAAUGCCAGAAAGAAGAACCCCAGUUUGACACAAAUUGUGUAUGGAGCAUCAGGAUCAUCAGCUACUCCCUUGAUAAAUGAGAACCCUGACAUUAGUGAUGAUGAAGAUACUGAUGAUGAAGACUUCUUUAAGCCAAAAGGAGAGCAAAGCAAGAACUCAGGUGGUGGAUGGGAUGUGGGAUAUGUCAACUCAGAGGAUUGUUCAAAAUUUAUGAAUUAUGGUCACCUAAAGAAUUGGAAAGAGAAAGAUGUCUGUGAGAGCAUUCGUGAUCGAUUCACCACUGGUGAUUGGUCAAAAGCUGCUCUGAGAGACAAAAAUUUAGGUACUGCUGGUGAGGGAGAAGAUGAUGAACUUUAUGGUGAUUUUGAGGAUCUUGAGACGGGAGACAAGCAUAAAAGCCAUGAGAACAUGGAAUCGGGUGCAUAUGAUAAUGACGAUGAAGAUGCUGAAGCCGUUGAGCGUAGGCUAAAAAAGUUGGCUCGCCGAGCAAAGUUUGAUGCAGAAAGCAACAAACCCGAGUUAGAGGAGGAUGACAAUGAUAAAGGUGAUGGGAACAAUCCUCGUAGUCAAAUCAAGGAACCAGGAUACGUUGAUAAAUUGAAAGAAGAGCUUGAAAUUAGAAAACAGAUGAAUCAGUUGGAAAUGAAUGAUCUUGACUCGGAUACUCGAAUUGAGUUAGAAGGAUUCCGGGCUGGAACAUACAUGAGGCUGGAGAUUCACAAUGUUCCUUAUGAGAUGGUUGAAUUCUUUGAUCCUUGUCAUCCAAUUCUUGUUGGAGGUAUUGGUUUCGGCGAGGACAAUAUUGGAUAUAUGCAGGCCCGGUUGAAGAAACAUAGGUGGCAUAAGAAAGUGCUAAAGACAAGAGAUCCUAUCAUAGUGUCUAUCGGGUGGAGACGCUAUCAAACUCUUCCCAUAUAUGCCAUUGAAGAUCGCAAUGGCAGACAUCGAAUGCUCAAGUAUACUCCAGAACAUAUGCACUGCCUUGCUACGUUCUGGGGUCCUCUUGUCCCACCCAGCACCGGCUUUGUUGCUUUCCAGAACCUGUCAAACAAUCAGGCAGGAUUUAGGAUAACAGCGACUUCUGUAGUUGUUGAGUUUAAUCACCAGGCCCGUAUUGUUAAGAAAAUCAAGCUUGUUGGGACUCCCUGCAAGAUCAAGAAAAAGACUGCAUUUAUCAAAGACAUGUUCACUUCUGACCUUGAAAUAGCUCGAUUUGAAGGUUCAUCUGUCCGGACAGUUAGUGGCAUUAGAGGACAAGUUAAAAAGGCUGGAAAAAACAUGCUCGAUAACAAGGCGGAAGAAGGGAUUGCAAGGUGUACGUUUGAAGAUCAAAUCCAUAUGGGCGAUAUGGUCUUCUUAAGGGCUUGGACUACAGUGGAAAUUCCACAAUUUUACAAUCCUCUAACAACAGCCUUGCAACCCCGCGAUAAGACCUGGGAAGGGAUGAAAACUUUUGGCCAACUCCGUAGAGAGCUAAAUAUUCCUAUUCCGGUGAAUAAGGAUUCGCUGUACAAGCCGAUCGAAAGAAAGCCAAAGAAGUUCAGUGCACUAAAGAUUCCAAAGAGUCUACAAAGAGAUCUUCCGUUUAAAUCGAAACCGAAAGAUUUACCAAGACGGAAAAGGCAUUCUCUAGAUGAGAAAAGAGCUGUUAUAAUGGAACCGAAAGAAAGGAAAGUUCAUACUGUCAUCCAGCAAUUUCAGCUGGUGCACCACGACAAGAUGAAAAAGAAGAAGGCAACUGAGCAGAAGAAGAGGAAAGAGUAUGAAGCAGAGAAAGCUAAGAAUGAGGAAAUAAAUAAGAAGCGUAGGAGAGAGGAGAGACGUGAGAGAUAUCGUGAAGAAGAUAAGAAGAAAAAGAAGAUGAGAAGAAGCCAUGAUUAAAUUACCUGCGUUUUGCUUCAGACCAACUGUGUAAUGCUUGAGUUUUGUUUUCAUGUUUUCACUGCUGUGUUAAGUUUUUUCUUAACUUCUGAAAAUCUGAAUUAUCUGUCACAGUUGCACAUUUCUCGAAAGAAUAUUUCCCAAAAUUUUGGAAAUACUACCUCUUUGAGUCUUUUGACUAA